AUGGAACCAAAACUAACCCAUCUCUGCUAUUGCCUUCUUCUUUUUCUUCCACUACUCUCCCAAUCCGCCAUAGCCAAACCUGCAUCAACCUCACCAUCAUCACCAAACCCUAUCAAUAGCAUCAACUUCGUUGUAUCCUCAUGCCGCACCACGCGUUACGCAAGUCUUUGCAUCAAAUGCCUCGCACCUUUCGCAAGCAAAAUCCGCCACCACGAAAACCGGUUAGCUCAAACCGCUCUAGCCGUUACUCUAGUCCGAGUCCGGUCCACGACGGUCUACGUAGCAAAGCUGACUACGGCAAGAAGAAUCAAACGGAGAGAGUACUUAGCCGUUAAAGAUUGCGUUGAGACUCUUGGAGAUGGCUUAGAGAUGUUGGCUCAGUCUAUGAGGGAGUUGAAACAAGUUGGUCGAUCUGGUCGGGGUCAGGACGAGUUCUUGUGGCGGCUAAGUAACGUUGAGACUUGGGUUAGUGCAGCUUUAACGGAUGAGAUGACGUGUCUUGAUGGGUUCGAUGGAAAGGUUAUGGACGGUGUGGUGAAAUCGGCGAUUAGAAGAAGAGUGGUUCAUGUGGCUCGAGUUACUAGUAAUGCUUUGGCUCUUGUAAACCGGUUUGCGGCUCGGCAUAAGCCAUAG